UGAGAGGAGGGAGCCGCACUGGUGAGGGAGGACAGGGGAACAGGCAGUGCCCCCCGCUGCUUGCUCUACCUCUCCUGGAUUCCUCCCUUUAGGAGCCAGGCCUUGGGGAGGGGCGAGGCUUGUGGCAAGAGCCAAGGCUGGGGGACCCAGCCAUUUUCACCAAAGUCUGAAGAAAGACCCAGUUCCAGCUCUGUGUCCUGCUCUCAGUCCUGGCAUUUAGUUUGAGAAAUAUGCACCACAUUAUGGUAUUUAGGGCUGAGAGCCUAGUCCAGUCAAGAAUAUGAGCUUUGCAGUCAGACUCGUGUGUUGACAUCCACUGCUCCCACAGGCGUGGCGAGAGAGUUCAGGGGCCGAGGCUCAGUGCCAGGCACAUACUCAACACCUGGAUGGGACCUGGAGCCCUCAGGCCAAGGAAGCCUGCUGGGGCUUAGUGCUUGCAGACCCCUCCAGGUGGGAGAACAGGAGAAAGGCUGAUUUGGGCAAGAAAGGUCUGGAAAUGGCCUUGAGGCAGAACUUGAAAGUUUGUGCCUUGCAGGGUUUCAGGCCAGGGGGACUGGUCACUGUAGUCAAAGAAAAACUAGGCUUAAAGGACACGGCGGGGGUAGAUGCUCACUGGUUUUGUGGAGGUGAAUUCCGUUGUCUGUUCUGUUUGUCUGGUUUCUGAAGGAGAGUGAUAGUUUAGAGUGCUUAGCACGUAGCAGGUGGCCUUUAAGCUGGUGGAGAUGCUGGGCACCCAGAAAAUGGCCCUUGACAGAAGCAGUUUAUCAGGAUUCUUUUACAGUUGCAAGGGACAGAAAACACAACUCAAACUGGCUUAAGAAUGUAUUGGCUCAUGUAACUGAAAGCCAGGAGUAAAUUCUGGCUUCAGGCGUGGUGUGAUCCAGGACGUAGACAUUGUCUGAAUCCAGUCUUGGUCUUGUUGGCACUCCCUUCUUGGUGGCCAGCACCUCCAGGCUCCAUCCUCACACCCAUCAUUAAAGAGAGCAGCUCCUGGUCCAGACACUGACUCUGACUGGACUGACUUGGGUCAUGUGCUUCCCCCUGCUCAACCAAUCACAGUGGCCAGGGCAACUCAGCCCUCUGAUUGGCUACAAAGAGUCCUAUUUCUGCCUGAAUUACAGGCCCUGGGAAUGGGUGGCUCCCCAAAGGGAAAUGGAUGUGCUCAGUCGAAAAGACUGGAGGCGUAAAUAUUGGCUGAACCGAAGAGUCUGCUGCCCAGUCCAGGGGAGAUAAUGCCCAGGGGAGGCCAGAGCACCCGGCUUUGGGACUGACCAGUCACGCCUGCUGCAGCCCGUCAGGGACUCGCCACCUAGGUGACAGGAGAUGCUGUAUGGGGGGUUCCCAUUCUUCUGGAGCUAAAAUCACCUGCUGAGUGACUGCCGCAGACCCCCGAGGACCAUGGGGCUCCUAUCGGCUGUCAGUGUGUGGCAGCAUCAAGCCACUUGCAGAGCAGUGGACACAGGAAGCCAGGGCCUCGAGUAACAAACAGGCACAUUGUGGGAAUCAGGCCGGGCCGGCUGCAGGGACCACAUUCUCAGCCCAGAACCUCUGAUUUGGUUCUGCCCAAGAACAAGGGAGCUGCGUGCUGGGGGUUUGUGAUUCCUUCACCUCCCCGGGGCAGCUCUGCUUUUGAACCUGUGACCGUCACCCUGCCAGGGCUGGUGCUUGGCACACGAUUGUUGCCAAGUCGGUGCUGGGUGAGGGGUGAUGAAAGGAGGCAGACCCCUUCCUUGGAGAGAAUUGGAUUCGCUGGGGGUGGGGCUGGGUGGGCACCGCUCUCUGUGGGAAAUGUGGGCCCCCCAAGAUUGUGGAAGAGGAUUAGCUUGGCCGUCAGGGGCCCAGGACGGGUCUGGCUGGAGGGUCUGUUUAUGGGCCAGCAGCUACACUGGAGCAGCUCUGCAGGAGAGUCGGAUUAAACAGCACCUAAAAGAAAAAACAACUGCUGUGAAAUAUGAGCAAAAGACAAAGGCUGCACCACCUGGUACCUGCCAUGCUCACCCCCACCCACUUGUGCGCUCCUGCGGGAGGAAGUGUCUCGACUCCAGGAAGAAGUUCACCUUCUCCGGCAGAUGAAGGAGAUGUUGAUGAAGGACCUGGAGGAGUCGCAGGGUGGCAAGUCCUCCGAGGUCCUCUCGGCCACCGAGCUCAGGGUCCAGCUGGCCCAGAAGGAGCAGGAGCUAGCCAGAGCCAAAGAAGCAUUGCAGGCCAUGAAAGCCGACCGCAAGCGCCUGAAGGGUGAGAAGACCGACCUGGUGAGCCAGAUGCAGCAGCUGUACGCCACGCUGGAGAGCCGCGAGGAGCAGCUCCGGGACUUCAUCCGCAACUACGAGCAGCACCGCAAGGAAAGCGAGGACGCCGUCAAAGCCCUGGCCAAAGAGAAGGACCUGCUGGAGCGCGAGAAGUGGGAGCUGCGGCGCCAAGCCAAGGAGGCCACGGACCACGCCACGGCGCUGCGCUCCCAGCUGGACCUCAAGGACAACCGGAUGAAGGAGCUGGAGGCCGAGCUGGCCAUGGCCAAGCAGUCCUUAGCCACGCUGACCAAGGACGUCCCCAAGCGGCAUUCACUCGCCAUGCCUGGCGAGACGGUGCUGAACGGCAACCAGGAGUGGGUGGUGCAGGCGGACCUCCCGCUGACCGCGGCCAUCCGGCAGAGCCAGCAGACUCUCUACCACUCGCACCCCCCUCACCCCGCAGACCGGCAAGCGGUCAGGGUGAGCCCCUGCCACUCCCGGCAGCCCUCUGUCAUCUCCGACGCCUCUGCGGCUGAAGGCGACCGGUCGUCCACGCCAAGCGACAUCAACUCCCCUCGACACCGGACGCACUCCCUCUGCAACGGCGACAGUCCCGGCCCGGUUCAGAAGAACCUGCACAACCCCAUUGUACAGUCACUAGAGGAUCUUGAAGACCAAAAACGGAAAAAGAAGAAAGAGAAGAUGGGAUUCGGCUCCAUCUCGCGCGUCUUCGCCAGAGGGAAGCAGCGGAAGUCCCUCGACCCCGGCCUCUUUGAUGACUCGGACAGCCAGUGCAGCCCCACGCGCCAGAGCCUCAGCCUGUCCGAGGGCGAGGAGCAGGUGGACCGGCUGCAGCAGGUGGAGCUGGUCAGGACCACGCCCAUGUCCCACUGGAAGGCGGGUACCGUCCAGGCCUGGCUGGAGGUGGUCAUGGCCAUGCCCAUGUACGUCAAGGCCUGUGCGGAGAACGUGAAGAGUGGGAAGGUGCUGCUGAGCCUGAGCGACGAGGACCUGGAGCUGGGGCUGGGGGUCUGCAGCUCCCUGCACCGGCGCAAGCUGCGGCUGGCCAUCGAGGACUACCGCGACGCCGAGGCCGGCAGGAGCCUGUCCAAAGCCGCUGACCUGGACCAUCACUGGGUGGCCAAGGCCUGGCUGAAUGACAUCGGCCUGUCCCAGUACUCCCAGGCCUUCCAGAACCACCUGGUCGAUGGGCGGAUGCUGAACUCCUUGAUGAAGCGGGACCUGGAGAAGCAUCUGAACGUGUCCAAGAAGUUCCACCAGGUCAGCAUCCUGCUGGGGAUCGAGCUGCUGUACCAAGUAAACUUCAGCAGGGAGGCCCUCCAGGAGCGCCGGGCCCGCUGUGAGACACAGAACAUAGACCCUGUGGUCUGGACCAACCAGCGGGUGCUCAAGUGGGUGCGAGACAUUGACCUGAAGGAGUACGCAGACAACCUGACCAACAGUGGUGUCCACGGCGCCGUGCUGGUGCUGGAACCCACGUUCAACGCUGAGGCCAUGGCCACAGCCCUGGGCAUCCCCAGCGGGAAGCACAUCCUCCGGAGACACCUGGCGGAGGAGAUGAGCGCCAUCUUCCACCCGGCCAACUCCGCAGGCAUCCGGGAGGCUGAGCGAUUCGGAACGCCCCCCGGGAGGGCCUCCAGCGUCACCCGGGCUGGGAAGGAGGAGAACAGCGGUGGGAUCAAGUACAAGGCUGGCCGGCUGCCCCUGGGAAAGAUAGGAAGGGGCUUCAGCAGCAAAGACCCCGAUUUCCACGAUGACUACGGCUCCCUUCAAAACGAAGAUUGCGGAGACGAUGACUCCCAGGGUAGGCCAGAGCAGUGCCGUCUGGAAGGGUACAACGGCCUGGAGGUCACCAACGUGUAAGGAACCAAUGCUGCACCAGACCCAGCAUGGAGGGACCCAGGGCAGAAGAGCAGCCAGAGGUUGCCACCACUGUACAUAGUGACCUUGGGCUGAGGGUGCUCCCCUAGUCCUGGGCAAACCCCAAUAGACCGCUGUCACUUUGGAUGGGAGCACCGAGGAACGAGGAGGCACCAGCCUGCCUGCCCUGAGCGGGCCACGGGCUUCCCUGCUCGCUGGAAGGAGACUGGCCCAGAGGACCUGCGGGGGCGCCCAGCCCCUGCGGAAUCGAGGCUGCAUCUCAGAACGACUCAGCCACUGAGCAGUCCAAGUGGUCCCGGGGGCCUUGAACUGAGCUGUCACGGUGGGAAAAGGCACAUAGUCCCCCAAAACACCCUCCCAGGAGGAGCAAGUGGGACUCCAACCAGACGUACGGAGCCGGGUAGUGACAGCGCCAGGAGCUAGCAAAGCCUGAGGCUGACUGGUCACCACGUGCGCCCUUCUGGCCGGCCUGGUGGACGUCUCGGCCCCAGUACACGUGCCCCCCACCCCAUGACUGAGGGAGGACGUGGCUUCUGACUUGGGUCGCUGUGUCUCUCUUGGGAGAGUGCAAAAUGGGAAGGCCAUUCCCUCCCACCCCAAAAGCCGUGUGUCACAUGGGGGUGGACAAGUUGAAGGGCUACUUACCCACAUCCUUCAGGAGCGGCCACACUGGGUGGAGGCAGGCGGUGACCCCUGCGGGGGCGGGGCUGGGCAGCAACAUUCCCAGGAAAUGCAGGUAUCCUGAGUUAGGUCGGUGACACCAAGUGUGCCAGUGGGUUUGGGACUGGGAGCAGGGGAGUGCUUGUCAUUGUUAACCCAACGAUCCUCCUUGAGACACCUCUGUCACCUGACACACAGGUAUGCUGCCAAUGCCCUAACUGAGCGGAAUCUCGCAGGUCGUGGAGGAGAGGACCCCCAGCCCUCUUCUUCACUCGGCUGCUCUUUUCCUGUGUGGCUUCUUCCCAGUGGCCUCACCUCUCUGUGGCUCAGCAUCUUCAUCUACAAUACUUCUGGCUCCCUCCCGGGGACGUUGUGAGGAUUAAUACUUGCUAACAUCUGUAACACUUUGUAACCUCUCAGGAGACAGGUGGGAAGUUCCGGGGUCCAGGGAGGGUGUCUAAUUUCCCAUUCACAGCACAGAACUGAUAGUGAACUGGUUCACUCCUGCUGUUUGGGUUGGAGCCGUGUGCAAAAGGAGCACAAGGAAUUUUGUUGUUCAGACUCUAGAGCCCCCAGGAGGACUUGACCCCCCCAAAAAGGGAAAAUCCCAUGUGCACAAGCCUUGAAAACCAGUUUGCACAUGUUCAGGCUUGAGUUCAUUGACCUCGAUGCUGAGGAACGAUUAGGGAAGGACAGAAGGAAUUGGGUCCUACUUACACUCCGGUUUUCAAAGCAGAUCACUUGCUGGAACCAUGAUGCUUGACCCCAUUGAAGCCUUUUGCACCGACGGUCCCUGAGAGGUUUGAAUUUCCAAAACUCGACAGGUGUCAGCCUCCGAGAACCAGCAAAGCACCUCUUCUUCAACGCAAUGAUUUAUUUCCCCUCACAAGAAAAGCACAGACUAAGGUCCGAUGAACUUGGGAACGACUCCUCCCUGAGGCCUGAGGCCGUGGGGUUUUUUCUCUCUCUCUAACCUGAGCACAAUCACAGCCUUUCCUACCCUGGAAACCGAAUGCCUAGUAGGUGGGCCGGUGGAGGCUCCCUUUUGGCUGAAUGUUUGGCCUCCCAGGGAAACACUUCUGAUUCCAGGGCCUGACAGGCCGAGUUCUGGAACCUGACCUGGCUUUGCUGAAGUUCCAAACCCAGUACCUGUAUGACAUUCAGCGACAUGCACGGGGCCUGAGGCUGCAGAACCCCGCGGCCCGGAGAGGGGAGUUAAACCUCCCUCUCCCCUGACCCACAGGUCACUCCCGAGCCAGUCUCCAGGCUGGGUGACCAGGGACCCCUGGAUCUGCCUCUCGGGGAAGCAGCAAGCCCAGAGGGCAGUGAUCCCCGUGUCGGGAGUGGGAAUAGCAGACAGACAGGUGCCUGAAUGCUGGUCUGAUUAUCUGAAACCAAUGAACUGUUCCCCGACUCAGUCCCACUGGGGACAAGACGGGUAAAUGGACAAUGGAGGGUGGUCACUGGCAGGGGUGGCAUUCAUUGCCCAAAACAUUCGCAGCAUUAGGGCGGCAGGCCUCGGGCAAUGCAGGCAACCACAGGUAUACCUUUUGGUCCAAAUGAUGCCCUGACAGCAGAUUCUUCCCCGAUGCUCUGUAUCCCUGGCAGCCAGGCGAGCAUUUGGAGCUGGCUUUUCAACAUGAGGUUGGGUUGGCUGAUAAAUUAAAAACCUCCACACAGAGUUAAAUCAGGUGAGCUUUGUCCGCUGGGAAAAAAAAAUUCCUGAAUGUCAACUCUGCUUUAAGAACAGGCAGGAAGAGCAGAGGGUGCAGAGAGACUUGGCAGAGAGGGCCUGAUAGCUGGUUAACAAAGGCUGGCAGAGCGGCCACCCACAGAACAGUGACCUGCCAUUGCCACAUCCUGUCUAAAUGGCCUGAAUUGUGGUCUUGGUCCUUAAAGAGUAACAUGGCAUCUGGACCUGGGAACCAUAUGUGUUUCUCUGAGAGGUGUCACCUAUGCCCAGGGAUGCUGGCUCCUUAAAAAGAGGUUGUUGGUGCCAGAGGUUGGAGAGAACCAGGGUAGGCAGAGACACCCCCUACUCCUCCCAGAAGCUGCAGGACAGAGCCAUCAGAAGGCACCUGCCAGGUGGACUCAACUUCCUGACCCCAGAUGCCUCUGAGAGGCCCCUUUGUCCUUGGCUGAGCAGAGCCUUUCUUCCAGAAAUCUGCCUCAGCUUCACAGUCAUCGGACUCCAGACUGCAGGAGGCAGGGGAAAGCCACGGGAGAACCUGGAUCAGAUGAAGCCGAGGGGAAGGGGUCUCCACACACCCCAGCCAGCAGGAGGGGCCUCAGAACAGUGACCCCAAAUCCUGAGGUCACUGAACUGGGCUGUGUCUGGCAGAACGGGACGGUUUGGCAAGAUGUGACUUGAGUGCUCAUGGCAGGGGCACCAGCACCCUGUACUGCUCUAAGCCUAGCUCUCCCCUGUCCUGUCAAAAGUCGCUGGGCACCUUCACUUCCGCUCUGCCCUUCAAGGCUCCAGCAGUCUCCUGGCAGGUGGGUGGCAAGAAAAAGAAGGCAUGUGGGAAAUAGCAUCUCCUGACACUAACAUUACUCCCGGCGGUUGGCUGUUGAGAAUUUCCUGAGCCCUAACACCCUAGGAAGGUUGCGGCUGCAAAGGAAACGGGUUGUCCGCGAGCAGAGAUGAUGUUCCCGACCUUUAGCUGCUGGUCGUGGCCCCGAAGGUCUUCCCAAGAGUGAGUUUUAACACUGUAACAAUAAACACUACUACACAACACUUCA